GGACAACAGGAAGUAAAGAAUGACAACUUCCAGGAUGAAUUGCGAAGUAACCGCCGCCUUCCAGUGAAGAUGUCUAGCUUCAUCUCCUACAUUAGUAGGAAUGAGGUGGAGAAAGGGAAAGAGGGUAGUCCCGGUGAACUGUUUACAAACUUUCGGAGGACUAGUUAUAGCCUCCCCAGCGCGGACUUAUCACAGGAUGAACUUGACAAGCGGGCCUCAGCAUUUUUCCAGACAGAUCUUGCCCCACACAUGUUACCAGGUGAGCGCCUGGUUACAGAGGCAGAUAGCGUGCUGAGUUUUACCCCUUUUACAGAGAAGAAAAAAGGCAUAUCAGGAAAACUGUUUGUCACAAACUUCAAAGUUUGCUUCCUGACUGCAGACCGUUCGUCGUAUGAAGGGCCGUCGGCGAAGAGACAGAGAAACAAACUGAUCAGGGAUACCGACAUUCCACUCACAAACAUCGAUGCCAUAUACCAGGUUGUGUCUGGGAAGAGGAGGAAGCUGACACCAGGAACCACGGUCUCUAAUAUCACAAAAUAUCUCGAGCUUCACUGCAAGGACUUUAGAGUGCAUACAUUCGGAUUCAAGUUUUCACCUAAAGAUCAGAACAAAAAGUUACUGAAUGCAGUUGUUCACCACGCGUAUCCAUCCAAAUCCAACCUUUUAUUUGCGUUUGACUACGGCAAGAGCUUACCUAAACAAGAUUAUUUGUGUGAGACUCCACUUUAUGAAGAAGUUUCUGACUGGGAGUUGGAAUUAAACAUGUGUAAAUGUACGAAGUGGAGGGUGUCGGAGGUGAACAAGAGUUUUGACAUGUCUAUAAGUUUACCCAAGUUAAUUGUUGUGCCUGGAGUCCUGUUUAACACUGACCUGAUGACAGCGUCCGGUCACUAUGUGGAGGGACGGAUUCCUUGUUGGUGCUACACUCAUAAGAAUGGAGCAAGCCUUGUACGGUCAGCUGAUCUUAUACCAGACGCCGAUACAAAGUACCAGGAUGUGAUGAUGAGUGCAGUUCAAAUGGCAGAUCAGCGUUUGGGAAAACCAAUCGUAUUUGACCUCCAGGAACAGUGUCCAUCGAUCAAGGAUGUUCAACAAAGUUUUGAAAAGUUCAAAGAGUUGUGCCUUAUUGAAACAAAGAAAGAUUUCCUGGUACAGGACUCCAGCUGGAUGUCUAGAUUGGACGACACGGAAUGGUUACACCAGAUACGACACUGUUUAAAGUGUGCCAGAGAAGUUGCAGACACUCUACACGGCAAAAAACGUACCGUCUUCAUCAAAGAGACUGAUGGCAGACACUAUACCUGUCUCGUAUCGAGUCUCGUACAAGUGAUGCUGAAUCCAAAAUGUCGCACACAAAUCGGGCUACAGGCCCUCAUACAACGCGAGUGGAUCGCUAUGGGCUACCCCUUUCAGCGGAACGGAGGUCUGGUCAUUAAGGAAGGGGGCGAGGAGGUACCACUCUUCCUGUUGUUUCUGGACUGUGUGUGGCAAAUACUACAACAGUUUCCGUCGGCCUUUGCGGUGUCAGAAACAUAUCUAACGACGCUCUGGGACUGUGCCAGUUCUGGCUUGUUUGAGACAUUUCUGUUUGAUUCCAUCUACCAGCAGACACGCUUUACUAGUGACGGUCGUAGUCUGCGACGGUUUCGUCUACCUCCUGUUUGGGACUGGUCACGACAGUUCAACUCCAGCGACCAAACUAUAUUUAAUAACCCUUUAUACCUCAUGAAGUGUAAUGUUAACUUAAAAAAGGCAAUCCAGGAAUCUAAACGUAAGGUACAGUCUAGUUGUAGGAAGAUGGACCGUAACGAGUUGUACGCAUACAUGUUGAACAAUAUGUACUCAGACGACAUGGAGGAUGAGGAUAUGAAUGUGAUUUUGCCUGAGUACGCUGCUCCUGUGAUUAAGCUUUGGACACAAUGCUAUGUGCGCUGGCAGGCUCCAGCCCAAAUCAUAGGGGGAGGUAACCCAUCCAUGUAUCUCCAACAGUGCCUCAUUGUGGAGGAAAUCAUUCAUCUACAACAUCAGAUUGAACUUCUACAAAUGAAAACCCAACGACGAACAGUUGUGGCACCACGACCUCAAAGCGACCUGAUUUUCAGUGUCGAUAUGGACAUGCCAACCUCAACUGAGUUUCUCACAAAUACAGUUUUGUCAUCUUCGUUUCCAUUUUCUCCUGGUCCGUCCAAAGAGGAUCAGCAACUCUUGUUGACACCGAUCAGUGCAUAUCUAGUAAACAGCGCUAUCGAUUAUGACUAUAGGAAUUCAGAUGACUAAUUAUUUGUGACCUUCCUCUUUGACCUUGAAAUUUAACUCAAAACAGCUCCAUCAACUGUGAUUCCAAAUGUAUAUACUGGCACUCCGAUCCAGAGAAGGAAAGAUGUCUUGUAAAAGUGUGAUGUCACAAGUUCUGCUGUUCACUUAGGUUGAAUGUCGGCCCAGAAGGCUAGGCCGGGGUAUUUAGCUUAUUACUCUGUAUUUGCACCGAUUCAUAAUCUUUCUGAAAUGAAUGAUUAAUUAAUUAAUUAUUGUGAUCAGUUGUAUGAAAACAUCAAAACAAUCAGAUGAAAUUUAAAGGUGUAAGAUUGAUUUGAAAAUUAAAGUCAAUGAGCCAGGCUAAAAAAAAUCUACCAAAUUAUUCUCUUUACUGUCCCUGCUGAUGUUCUGUGGCCAUUGGUAGAUUGUUUUAUAGGUUGUUUUAUAGAUUGUUUUAUGAAGCUAUAUGUAGGAUAAUGAAGUGUCUGAUGUAAUUUAUUGAGGAUGAUACAGAUGACGUGAUGACAGCAUUAACUGGUGAUUAUAAUAAUCAGGAUUAAACAUGUUUGGAUGUAAGUGGACACAUUCCACAGUAGGCGUCAUUAGAUGUAAGUGGACACAUUCCACAGUAGGCGUCAUUAAAUGUUUUCUAAACAAUCACGCAUGAUUUAGUGAGUUUAUUACUGUUUAAUGUUAAAUUACAUUUGAGUACUAAAUACAAUUUACAUGUAUAUAUACGAAAAUGUUAGAACCAUGAGUUGUAAUGGUCACUGAAAAAUUGUCAUCGCUGAUGUGUCGGUCCGACAGUAUGACUGUACUGAGGACUAGAGUAUGACUGUCUUCAGGCCUAUAGCUAAGUAUGUAAUGUUGUAUUAACUGUAUCUAUGACAGACACCCACGAAAAAACAGGUGCGUUAGAAGGCAAAAUGAGCCACAUGAAUUUGAACAAAAACUUAAUUUGGAUUAUGGGCCAUAUUUGUGCUUGACAUUGUAGAUGGUGCAGGAGUCGGGCAUUAUUACAUCGAGUCUCUUAUUUCACUGAAGUAAGACAGAAUUUGCAAACAGUCUCUAGAUAUCAGGUUAUAUGUGUAAGAUUGUUUUUGUUUAUAUUCACAAAGACAAAACGUUUCUAUUAUGAGAAGGGAUCAUAUUGACUCUUUUUUUAAUUGAUUGAGAUACAAAAUUAAUGUUUAAUUUAAUUUUAAAAUGUAGCUAUAGAUUGACUCGAUAUGUCUGGUGCUUUUAUUACGUUAAUGUUUGAAUAUUUUAGAUUGAUUUUGUUUGAUCCUUUUAGCGAAAAUAUUCUCUAAGUUGAUGUGUAAGUUUGUAGUUCCAUGCUAACGAAGAAAUAUUUUGAUUGUUAUCUUUAUGUAGACUUCACUGAUUUAAUUCAGUAAGUACAUGUGUACCUAACAAGGUUUCUAAAUAAAGAUUUUGUUUUAGUUACAUGUCCUAACCAGGUAGUACUGAAAGCUUUAAAAGUAAUUCUGGGACAUCAAUGAUUCUGACUAGGCCGAACUGAAAGCUUUAAAAGUAAUUCUGGGACAUUAAUGAUUCUGACCAGCCCAUACUAAAAGUUUAAAAAGUAAUUCUGGGACAUUAAUGAUUCUGACCAGCCCAUACUAAUAGUUUAAAAGUAAUUCUGGGACAUUAAUGAUCUGACCAGCCCAUACUGAAAGCUUUAAAAGUAAUUCUGGGAAAUUAAUGAUUCUGACCAGGCCGAACUGAAAGCUUUAAAAGUAAUUCUGGGACAUCAAUGAUUCUGACCAGGGCUUACUGAAAGCUUUAAAAGUAAUUCUGGAACAUCAAGGAUUCUGACCAGCCCAUACUGAAAGCUUUAAAAGUAAUUCUGGGACAUUAAUGAUUCUGACCAGACCAAACUGAAAGCUUUAAAAGUAAUUCUGGGACAUCAAUGAUUCUGACCAGGCCAAACUGAAAGCUUUAAAAGUAAUUCUGGGACAUUAAUGAUUCUGACCAGCCCAUACUAAAAGUUUAAAAGUAAUUUGGGACAUUAAUGAUUCUGACCAGCCCAUACUGAAAGUUUUAAAAGUAAUUCUGGGACAUCAAUGAUUCUGACCAGGCCGAACUGAAAGCUUUAAAAGUAAUUCUGGGACAUUAAUGAUUCUGACCAGCCCAUACUAAAAGUUUAAAAAUAAUUUGGGACAUUAAUGAUUCUGACCAGCCCAUACUGAAAGCUUUAAAAGUAAUUCUGGGAAAUUAAUGAUUCUGACCAGCCCAUACUGAAAGCUUUAAAAGUAAUUCUGGGACAUCAAUGAUUCUGACCAGGGCUUACUGAAAGUUUUAAAAGUAAUUCUGGGACAUCAAGGAUUCUGACCAGCCCAUACUGAAAGCUUUAAAAGUAAUUCUGGGACAUUAAUGAUUCUGACCAGACCAAACUGAAAGUUUUAAAAGUAAUUCUGGGACAUCAAUGAUUCUGACCAGGUCGAACUGAAAGCUUUAAAAGUAAUUCUGGGACAUUAAUGAUUCUGACCAGCCCAUACUAAAAGUUUAAAAGUAAUUCUGGGACAUUAAUGAUUCUGACCAGCCCAUACUGAAAGCUUUAAAAGUAAUUCUGGGACAUCAAUGAUUCUGACCAGGCCGAACUGAAAGCUUUAAAAGUAAUUCUGGGACACUAAUGAUUCUGACCAGACCAAACUGAAAGUUUUUAAAAGUAAUUUUGGGACAUCAAUGAUUCUGACCAGCCCAUACUGAAAGUUUUAAAAGUAAUUUUGGGACAUCAAUGAUUCUGACCAGGCCGAACUGAAAGCUUUAAAAGUAAUUCUGGGACAUUAAUGAUUCUGACCAGCCCAUACUAAAAGUUUAAAAGUAAUUCUGGGACAUUAAUGAUUCUGACCAGCCCAUACUGAAAGCUUUAAAAGUAAUUCUGGGACAUCAAUGAUUCUGACCAGGCCGAACUGAAAGCUUUAAAAGUAAUUCUGGGACAUCAAUGAUUCUGACCAGGCCAAACUGAAAGUUUUUAAAAGUAAUUUUGGGACAUCAAUGAUUCUGACCAGCCCAUACUGAAAGUUUUAAAAGUAAUUUUGGGACAUUAAUGAUUCUGACCAGCCCAUACUGAAAGUUUUAAAAGUAAUUUUGGGACAUUAAUGAUUCUGACCAGCCCAUACUGAAAGUUUUAAAAGUAAUUUUGGGACAUUAAUAUUCCUGACCACGGUGUAUAAUGCAUGUCCUUGUACAUUUCCAUGUUUUUUUUUGAUGAACUACAUUCCGUUUGAACACUUGUUCCUUACAUUACACAAAUUAGAAUAACAUAUUUUUUUGUUUCCAGCAAAUCAAUAAAAUGACAGAAACAAAU